GUAGCCUCUUGCUAGGGUUUAUCGACGAGGCGAGCGCACCAUGGACGAGCAGGCGGCGCGAUCGUCCGGUUUUGUGGUAGGAGUGAUCGAGAACAGGGCCAAGGAGGUAGGACUGGCGGCAUUCGAUCUGAGAACAGCAUCGCUGCAUCUUUCGCAGUACAUCGAGACGAGUCGCUCGUUCCAGAACACGAUGACGAUGCUCCAUUUCUAUAAUCCCUCCGAGCUCAUUCUUCCGGCGACUAGUCCGGCGUUUUCUUCCGGGUCCGUGGCUCUCAAAGCCUUUUGCAGCCGGUCCGACGCACGAAAGGUGGAGCUGUCCCGAAAGUGGUUUGAUGAUACAAAGGGCCUCCUUUUGAUCCAAAGCCUGGCUUUGAAAGAUUCCAAUCUUUGUAUGUCUCAAGGCUACAGCAAGCAGUACUAUCUUUGUCUCGGUGCUGCCGCUGCUGUUGUUAAGUGGAUCGAAAGUGAGAAAGGUGUCUUGCUCACGAACAAUUCCCUGCGGAUUACAUUCAAUGGUUCGGCAGACCACAUGAGCAUAGACAUUACAAGCGUGCAGAGCCUUCAAGUGAUCGAGUCGAGUGCUCUGGCACCGAUUAAUAAACUGAAAAAAUGCGGAAGCCUGUUUGGGAUAUUGAGCAAGACAAAAUCAACUGGAGGCGCGAGACUUCUUCGUGCGAACCUCCUACAGCCUUUAAGAGACAUGGACACCAUCAACACACGUCUCGAUUGCAUGGUUAACGUGGAUAUCUGCUCGGAAUUUUGGAUUCCGGCUUCCUUCAUGCAGGACGAGUUAACAAGCAAGGAGAACCUUUUCUUUGGGUUGAAUCAGGUGCUUCAAAGAUUCCCAAAAGAUCUUGACAGGGUCAUCUCUCACUUUUGCUUCAAGCCAAAGAAGCUCGGUGAAGGAUCUUCAAGGAGUCAGUCGGUGGUAGCGAGUGUUGUACUCCUCAAAGAAGCAAUGGAACUUCUCCCUGCGCUGCUCCAGGUUCUUCAAGAUGCAGAGAGUACGUUUUUCCAACGCGUCAAACAGACAGUUUGCAUGCGGCAAUGCUUUUCUUUUAUAAAGCAGAGAAUACAGGAAACUAUCUCUGAAGACGUUUUUAACGCCAGGAUGCCUUUCGUUGCUCGAACUCAACAGUGUUUUGCAGUGAAACCAGGAAUCGACGGUUUUCUGGAUGUUGCCCGAAAGAUCUUCUGUGAUACAAGCGAAGCCAUUCAUUGCCUCGCAAAGUCAUACCGCGAAAACUUUCAGCUUCCGAGUCUAAAGUUGCUUUAUAAUAAGUCGAAAGGCUUUUCUAUUAGCAUUCCAAUGGCUGAGUUUGAGCAAGCUGGCCUUCCCAAAACGUUUAUCCAGGUAGUCAAGCAUGCGAAAUAUGUACACUGCUCUACGAUUGAGUUAAUCUCACUUAAUACCAGGAACAAAAAGGCCGCGGAUGAUUGUUAUGCGAGGACAGAACACUGCCUGGAAGCUCUUACCCAAGAUAUAAGGGAGCAUGUUCCUUCUUUGAUGCUGCUCAGCGAAUCUCUCUCCUUGAUAGAUAUGAUCACAGCGUUUGCUUCCAUGGUUUCGCUGAAGCCUGCUGGUAGCUACGUUCGGCCAGAAUUUACUGAGGAUGGGCCCAUAGCAAUUGAGACCGGGAGGCAUCCUAUUCUGGAGAGUCUUCCUUCUGGAGAUUUUGUGGCAAACAAUACUUUCCUAUCCGAAGCAUCGAAUAUGGUUAUCGUCACAGGUCCUAACAUGAGCGGGAAAAGUACGUAUCUGCAUCAAGUCGCCCUUAUAACCAUACUAGCACAUAUUGGAUGCUACGUUCCCGCUCAAUUCGCCUCGUUUAGAGUGGUGGACCGACUGUUCACCAGAAUCGGGGAAGCUGACGACAUGGAGAUGAACUCCAGUAGCUUCAUGAGGGAAAUGCGGGAGGCUGCAUACUUUGUGCAGAAUGUGACUCCCAGGAGCUUAAUUCUUAUCGAUGAGCUUGGUCGAUCAACCUCAUCUUACGAUGGACUGGCUCUAGCCUGGAGUUUCAGUGAGUACUUACUGUCGCUGAAGGCGUACGUCAUUUUUGCAACGCACAUGCAGAAGCUUGGAGAACUGUCCACGAUCUAUCCAAACGUGAAGGUGUCUUUCUUCGCUGUCAAUAUCAAUAACAACCGUCUCAACUUUGAGUUUACGCUCCGAGAGGGCUGCACGAGUAUCGCGCACUACGGGUUACUGCUGUCAAACGUUGUGGGCCUACCGCCUUCGGUGAUUCAAGGGGCCAGGAGAGUUAUCGAUGCUCUCGAGAGCAGGGAGUCAAAAGCCCUGGAAACAUAUAGGCUGUCAUCAACCGGGAGAUCCCUGCAAAAGGAUUACCACGUUGCGCAAAGGCUGCUUACGCUCAAGCAAGCAAAAAUGGAGCCAGACGUUCUGCGUGGCUAUCUCGCGAAGCUCCAACAAAGUUGCUUGGAAUGAACUCAAUUGCCGAGGGCUAAGUACGGUAUAUGAAAAAAUUACAAAUGUACUAACCUGCCCAUUUCACACUUUUUACAUGACCAUUGUUAUCCCAAUAUACUCUACUCCUUGAAACCAAGCUUCCGUGAGAAUUGUAUGC